AUGCUUGUCGAAGCUUACGGUGAACAUGCUCUUGGUAAAACACAGUGUUUCGAGUGGUUCAAAAAAUUUAAAAGUGGUAAUUUUGACGUGAGAAACGAAGAGCGUGGGAAACCACCGAAAAAGUUCGCAGACAACGAAUUGCAAGCCUUGUUGGAUGAAGAUGAUACUCAAACUCAACAAGAACUCGCGGAUCAAUUGAAUGUGACGCAGAAAGCCAUCUCCAUUCGUUUGAAAACUAUGGGAAAAAUUCAGAAAAAGGUUGGUUGCGACCUUCGAGUUGGUAGUAACAAGAACACAGAUGUGUGUGGCGUGUGCGGAGGGAAUGGAUCAAGCUGCCAAUCGCGGUACUCCUGGAGUUUGGAAUCGAUAUCCGCCUGUUCCAAGUCCUGCGGUGGAGGUUUCAAGAUAGGGAUGGCGGUGUGCAAAUCGGUCGACGAGAGCGUCGUGGAGGACAGCUAUUGCGAUGCAAACAACAGACCUUCGGUGAAGUCUUUAAUGCCGUGCAACACGCACCCCUGCACAACAAAGUGGAUGAACGGAGACUGGAGUGCGUGUAGCGCAAGCUGCGGCGGCGGUUCGCGAACAAGGUCCGUCUUCUGUACCGAGGAAAACGGGAACGAAACCACGAAGCUACCCGAUCACAAGUGUAGCAGCACGCACAAGCCGCACAUUCAAGAGACCUGCAAUACCGUGUCCUGUCCGAUGUGGGAGACCGAUAAAUGGAGUGAGUGCUCCGUGACCUGUGGCACCGGAAUACGGACGAGGACGAUCGAAUGCAAAGAUGGUGUUGGUGCCAUCUCCAGGGACUGCGACCUCGCGGAACGCCCUCAUACCGAGCAGGAAUGCAAAACGAACGUCGCAUGUCCCACAUAUGGAGACGGUAUGUCACAGCCCCUGGUGCAGCCGUAUCCUCUAUCUCCAAUGUCAGAGAAGUUGAUGGAUCAACCAAUACCUUCCGAAUCAACAUUCAUCGCCGAGGAAUGGUCCCCCUGUAGUGUCACCUGCGGCGAGGGCGUCAGGCACAGAGAGGUGCGCUGCAAGAUAUUCCUUGAGUUCAGCCAAACCAUCGCUAAACUACCGGACAGUCAAUGUUCCGGCCCGAAGCCCGUUGAAACGGAGAAGUGUACAAUGGAGCCAUGUGGUUUGCUGGAGAACAGCUUGUCCUACAGGAUCGACACAGUUGGCGAUAGCGGAUACGCCGAGUCGAGCCUAACGGAUUCGUACAGUAGAUCAUCGUCCGGUAGUUCCGGCGGAAGCGGAUACGACAGCAGCAUCAAGGUCGCCCCGGGUAGCGAUGUGCAAACUACGUACUCAUGGAAGGAAACUGGCUAUACCCCCUGCAGCGCGACAUGCUUAGGAGGUAACGGUUCGAACAACUAUCCAGUGUAG